CUUGAAGGAAAAGAAUGGUAAGGGCGGUGACCAGACUCAAUGCCUGGCUACCGCACGAAGCUUCGGCGAAAUCCGUCUGGGAUUCUCGAAAUGCCUCUCUGGACCGUUGCGUCUGGCCGCAAUCCACUCUGGACGGUAAAGCACUUAUUAAAUUAGAAGAAAGCGAGAGGAAUGAAUCGGUUCAGGCAUUUCAUCGAGCAUCUCCCGUGCAUCUAUAUAAACCCCCACCCACCACCACUCCACAUAGCCCACCCACAUCGAAGCUUAUCUGAAGAGUCCAGUUAUAAUAAUGGCGACAAAGGGGAGAAAAUUCUCUCUACGAAGUAAGGCGGAGGAAAAUGAAGAGGAGAAGGAAGAGUACAUGGACCUACUUCCGGCGAUGGCGGAGAAACUGGCGGCGGAGGAUUUUGUCUCGGAGCUGUGCGGCGGAUUCCGCCUUCUAUCCGAUGCGGAUCGGGGGGCGAUCACGGCGGAUAGUCUCCGGAGGAACGCGGCGAGGCUUGGAAUGGCGGGAAUGACGAUGGAGGAGGCGGAGGCGAUGGUGCGGGAGGGUGAUCUGAACGGCGAUGGAGUUCUUAACCAGACCGAGUUCUGCAUCCUCAUGGUUCGGCUUAGUCCUGGUAUGAUGGAGAACGCUGAGGCGUGGCUUGAGAAGGCUAUUGCUCGGGAACUCCUGCUCCGCAAUUAAGGUGCCGCCGUUCAUCAUGAUCUUCUUAUCUCCUGAUUUAAAUCCCUGUAAACUCUGUUCUUAUCAAUAAUGGAGUUGUGAUUUUGAACCACUUACUUGGAUCCCUAUGGAUCUGAAGAGCAAUUGUUUUCUUUGUUUUUUCUUGAAAAAUCUGUUGGAAUUUGUCUGUAAGUUUUUAUUCCCGCGAAAGCGGGGAAGAAAGAGUUAGAAAAUCGUAAUGGAAUUAUAAAAGUUCGUGUCUGGAUAAAUAAAGAAGGAAUUAAUUCUUCU